AUAUUUAAUAAUAUUUAAUAAUAUUAAUAAUUUUCCUCAAAAAGAAUGAAAAACUAUUUGCUCCCACAAAAAUACCGUUCUCUCAUUGGCCCAUUUCAAUCGACCCAUAUUAUCCCACUUUCGAUUCCAUACUAAACUUCCACUCCACCAAAUCUAAAAACACCACAUGAAAAUAAAAACCAUUGGCAUGGGUCUUCCUGCGUGCACACGCGCACCCACGCAAACUGCACACCAAUUUUCACUGCACUACGUGUCCCACCAUCCUGGACACAUUCUUUCCUCCCUCUUAUUUUCUUUUGUUCCUUCUCUCUUUUGUUCUCUUUGUUCUCCUUCUCUUCUCUUUUCCUGCCUCAUCCCUUUCCAGCUCCUACUCCUGCUUCCUCCCAGCCAACCCCUGCUCCACAUCCCAGCCCACGCACAAAUCACACAUCCUCCAACGGCACCCACCCCCCUGUCCAGCCAAUCACAGCACGCACCAACAGUUCCCUCAACACUGGUCUCGUGUUUUGACACAAGAGUCCCGCAAUCCCGGCCUCUGCCCUUUAGCUGCCUUUUUUAUUCUCUAACAUCUUCAAUUCCUCUCCUGCCUUAAUCUUCUCACUUCUACGCUCUAUCAAGUCCAUUAUGCCAUUGAGCGAAAACCAUCUGAUGACAUUGUUGCUUGUCUUUUUCUUUCUAUAUAAA